UUUAUUCGCUCCUCCCGCCCGCCGCCGUCGCCGCCUCCUCUCCCCAGCACCCGGAGCUCGCCCGACCGCCGCUCACCAUGAUCAUCCCCAAGAAGAACCGCAAUGAGAUCUGCAAGUACCUCUUCAAGGAGGGCGUGCUGUAUGCCAAGAAGGACUACAACCUGGCGAAGCACCCGCAGAUCGAUGUGCCCAACCUCCAGGUGAUCAAGCUCAUGCAGAGCUUUAAGUCCAAGGAGUAUGUUAGGGAGACCUUCUCCUGGCAGUACUACUACUGGUAUCUCACCAACGAUGGCAUUGAGCACCUACGCAACUACCUGAACCUCCCGUCUGAGAUCGUGCCUGCCACGCUCAAGAAGUCUGCCAAGCCACCUGGCCGCCCAUUUGGCUCUGGCCCUCCUGGUGACCGCCCAAGGGGCCCAGGUCGUUUUGACGGCGACAGGCCAAGGUUUGGUGACAGGGAUGGGUACCGUGGUGGUCCUCGUGGUGCUCCUGGUGACUUUGGUGGCGAUAAGAGUGGAGCUCCUGCUGAGUUCCAGCCAUCAUUCAGGAGGCCUGGCUUUGGGCGUGGUGGCGGCAGCGGCUUCGGCGCAGGCCCAACCUCUUCUUCCAUGGAGUGAAGUUGCCCUUGGUUUGGACAUGGUGUUUCCCUUCGCAUGUGGCCUUUAGUUUUGAAGGACAGUUAUUAUGUACUAGUAAUAUUACUCGGAUCGGCCAGUGCUGACAUAUGCAAAAAAAUGUUCUGUCGUUAUACAUUGGUUCCAGUAUUAUUGUCUUCGCAAAA